UGAGCUUGCAUUCCCGUCUGUAUGCGCCCAGGAGGUCCACGAAAUGCGGUUUCUGGCGCUGACAUGCGCUGGGUGCGAUGCAUACUUCCCUGAUGUGGUGACGCGCAGCGACGAUGCCCUGAAGCGGCUCAGGCCGCUGGACACAGAGUCCGGGUCGCUUGUGUCUGCAAUGCUAUCUAUAUUCCUCGGGAGCGUACCCGAGACAGCACCAGACGUGCGACGGACGCCGGUCUCGGCCCCGAUCAGACUUAAGGUUCUUACCAUUCUCUGCCGGUCUACCAAGGCAGCAGCAACGUUCCCGGACUGGAUCCGUGUGGUCUUCGAGAGCUUGUUUGGGGCUGGAACAACUAGCAGGCUGAGACGCCAGGGAGUGGCGUUUAUGCAGAUUGACAGGUCAGUGCCGAUUCUUAUGCAGGGCAUCCGUAAGAUCCUGAACGAAGAAGCGACAGCGAGCUUGAAUGCGCGACUAGACGACGAUAUUAUAAGAGGGCUGGCGUAUGUCUCUUGGGGAUCGCUUGGCAAGCGUGUGCCAAAGUCGUUCUCUGGCGACCUGUCGCAUCUGAAGACCAUGUUUGAGGCAUUCGACCGCGAGUCUCCGAAUGUACGGCUGAGCAUCCAGGAGGCCUUGCUGGCCAUGCUUCCUGCAUACGAGUCAUCGGGGACGUCAGACCAGAUGCAGAGCGAGCUUAUCUUGUACGCAAUUGCUGCGUUCCCAUUUGCCAAUGUAUCCGCGCGGUGGAUCUGCCUGCUCGCCUUGGCAGAUUCCGAGCGCGAAUCGGGGCUGGCGAUUCCUCCAGGAAUGCUGGCCCGCGACCAGAACCUGCUGCCUGACACCACAGGCGCGAUUAGUCGGCAAGGUGCAGCGCACCCAAGUGUAUAUGGCGGUCUGAUUGAGUUUGGCCGGUCGCUGCUACUAGCCAAGGGCAUGGCGCAGCUCAAGGCUGAGGACCCGGCAGUAGUCUUGGAUAUCCUAGAUACCGAGGCUGUCAACGACGGCGGUGAACUGGCCACGGAGCUCCAGCGCAACAGCAUGAGCAGGGCGCUGGCAGGACUUGCUGAUGGCAACUCAUCAAGCUCCGGUCUGGCCAGCUGGACGGGAGUCUUGAGCUUCGCGCUAACCAGCCAGCAUCUGCUCGAGGCAGGCGUCCUGCCACGCUUCCUGUCGCUCGGCCCACCAGACGCCGCCCUGGCGUUCUUCGACCAGCGCCAGGUAUUCCUUGGUCUUCUCAGCUCACGCCAGCAGACUACACAGCAGUAUGCGGCGCAGCUGUUGGCGGCCAUCUAUGCCGCAAGGCUGUUUGCCACAGACAGCGGCCAUACGCUGGACUGCGAGUUCUGGAAUACCGACGUGGCGCGCCAGCUUGAGGAGCUGCUUUCGGUACUAAAGGAGCCAGCGCACCCAAACUUGGUUGAUAAGAAACGCGGCGCAAUCCUUGCUCUGGGAUAUAUCGGGAAUGGGCUCUGCGCCGCUCGCUUGACGCUCAGCAAGACAUGGGCAGAUCUCGGGAUCUCCCAUGUAGGUAGUAUACUCGAUACGGCGCCGCCUAGUAAGACGACGGGCACGCAUGCAAUGAUCACCGGAGCAUUGUGCGUCGCGAUCGGCGAGCUGAGCAAAACAGGAGACGCCCGGGCGCCAGCCGCCAUGGACGCUGUGGCCGACAUUGGGAAGCAGUCAACCAAGGACGGGAAGGUGCAGGAUGCAGCGUACAGAGCCCUGGCCAACAUUGCUCUUGGCAACGUGGCUCAGGGAACGAGACUGAUCUCGUUCUUGCAGCAGUCGGCGGCGGCAGUAAACAAGAAACAGCUGGAUGCGCAUUUCCGGAUCGACUUGCUGUUUGAGCUGGUUACUGGAAAGAUGGUCCGGUCGCCGAGCCCACAGGACCGCCAGGCGGUGGCGGUCUGGACGCUGUCGCUGGUGCAGUUCUGCCCGAGCCUGCCACAGCUCAAGCCCUGGCUCUCCCGGCUCCACACAUGCCUUUGCUCGCUGCUGACAGACCGCGACGAAUUCACCCAGGAGGCGGCGUCAAAGACCCUGGGCCUGGUGUACGACAUGGGGGAUGCCGGACUGAAGGAGGACCUGGUUUAUUCGCUGAUGGCACUGUUUGGCGGCAGCGGGAAGAAGGCCGGCUCAGCCAACGCGCACACAGCACUGCAGCAGCAGAUCCAGGCCGACCAGCCAUUGCUUGAAGAGCAGACGCUGGGCCAGACGCCCGACGGGCACGCAAUCAACACCACGUACUCGUCGAUUCUGUCGCUGGCGUCGGACAUGCAGAACCCAGCGCUGGUGUACCAGUUCAUGCAGCUGGCAUCGCACACAGCCGUGUGGAACAGUCGGCGCGGUGCUGCAUACGGGUUUGCGUCGGUCAUUGAGCGAGCGCGCGAGUCGAUGAAGCCGCACAUGGCGCUGAUUAUCCCCAAGCUCUACCGCUACACCUUCGACCCGAGCCCGCAGACCCGCACCGCCAUGACCAGCAUCUGGCGGGCGCUGCUGGGGCCAGGCUCAGAGGAUGCCAAUAUGGACGAUGGCUCGUCGCGUGCGCGCAAUGGCGUCAGCGUCAUUGAGCAGUCGUGGGGCCCGAUCAUUGAAGAGUGUCUGGCCAGCAUGGGCCAGCGCGAAUGGCGUGUGCGAGAGAGCGGCUGUGCGGCCCUGGCAGGCACGCUGCCGGGUGCUGACCCGGAGCUCGUCGUCCCGUACCUGGAGCGCAUCUGGCGCAUGGCCUUCCGCUCGCUCGAUGAUAUCAAGGGCAGCGUGCGGGAGGCGGGCUUGAAGACCUGCCAGGCGCUAGCCAAUGCCACAGUCACGUGGUGCACCCCUCGUGUGCCGCGCGAGUCUGAGCGCGACCGCCGCGCCCACGCGGUGCUGGAGAUCGUGGUGCCGUUCCUAGUCGACAAGGGCGUGAUGUCGGAUGCUGAGGAUGUCAGGACGUUCAGCCUGAUGCUGCUCCUGAAGCUCUGCAAGUCCAGCGGGUACUACCUGACUUGCUUCGCUGCACACAUCGCCGAGCGGCUCCUCGAGUCCCUUUCUGCCAACUACCUGACAUUCCAUGCCGAAUCGCACAACAUCUCGCAGGACCAGCUCGAGAGCGCCCGUCUCAGCGCCGUCAAAGCAUCGCCGAUCAUGCAGGGAGUCGAGCUAGCCCUUGAGCAGCUCAAUGACGAAAGCAUGAGCGAGUUUGUGCCCCGACUGCAGACCCUGGUGAGACGCGGUGUCGGGCUGCCGACGCGGGCCGGCUGCGCACGCACACUCGUCACGCUGUGUGUGAAGCGGCCGGACCUGGUACGUCCGCACGCUGCGGCGUUGGCCAAGGCAGUCAGCGGCUCGCUGACCGAAAGCUCGGCUAUCCAGCGCCAGGCAUGGGCGGCAGCACUCGGAUACAUGGCGCCAAUGGUGACGCCCAAUAUGCUGCGCAACCUUCUCAAGCACCUGCAGAAGGUGUAUUUCGACAAGUACGAAAGCGAUGUGCGCGGGGUUGCCGGGCUUGUUCUUGAGCAGCUGGCGCAGAAGGCGCCUGAGCGUCUGCGCGAGCACACCAGCGGGCCGGGCUCGGUUUCGUUUGUGCUGUUUGGCUCGCAUGACCCGCAGGAGUCCAUUCGCGAGUGCUUCCGCAGUGCCUGGCAAGAAUAUACGGCGCCGAAUGCAAUUGCCGACAUUGCUGCAACGCUAGAGCGCAACUACAGGGACACUCUUACCGAUACUGCCAGGGCAUCGGCGCUCGGCUGCGUGCGCACGCUGCUAGAGCUGUGUGUGCCGGCACUUCUCAGUGCUGCCCAGGGCCGCGUGUGGCCCGGCAAGGAGCACGUCCUAGGAUGUCUGGUCAAGGUGUGCACAGCCAGCGCGCCGCUGCUCUCCCAGCAGGCCGAGUCCGACGGGCUCCAGCAGGUGCCCAACGAAGUAUUUGCUGUGCUGGCAAAGGACAUGGCGCGCGGCGAAACCUCCUACCGUCGCGCCGUAGUAACCCACUACUGCACGUUCAUCGAAAAGAACCCUCUAGACGAGCUACGCCAGAAGCCGCAGCGCCUUGCUCUUAUUGCCUCGGCAAUCAAGGCGCUCGCCAUGUCUCUGCCGCACACCCGCGCGCUUGGGAACAGCGAGGUUGUGGAUAUGGCAAAUCUGCUAGCGCACUCCUCGAAGGCGCUGGCGUCGCUGUUUGCGCAUUUCACGCAAGCCGUCUAUGCCGAAACGCGCUCCAGCGCCUUACAGGCCGCCGGUAUGCAGAGAAUAUUGCGGGCGGUGCGCGCGUGUGCGGCGGAGGGCAAAUAUGUCGCCGUGCGCACUGCGGCAUUUGACGCCCUGGAUGCCGUGCAUAUGGCAGCGGAGGGUGCUGCCGGGCAUGAAGAUGUGACUGGCAUGUGCCGCGAGGUCUUGGAGCUGCUGCUGCAGGACCCGGUGCCAAGCAUCGCCGACCGCGCCAAGGACACCGAAGCCACAA